GAGUGGAGAUGAGUCCUUCUGCAGUGGUGACAGAGGGUCAGAGAGUCACACUGACCUGCAGGACCAGCUGUCCUCUGACUCACAACACAAACUACAUUUGGUACUUCAACAGUCGACCUCUGACCCCGAGAGAGAACCAAAACAAACAUCUGAUCCUAGACCCAGUCAGCAGGGAGAAUGCAGGAAGCUACUCCUGUGCUGUGGAAACCAACAAAGAUAUCAGCUCUGCUCCAAAGACUCUCACUGUCCAAAGUAUCACAGGAACAAGGACACCAGCAGCUGCAGGAGGAACUGCAGCUCUCCUGGUUUUAAUGCUGCUCACUGUCUUCUGCUGGAUCAGAAAAAAGAGGACUUCCAGUCAGUCUCCAAGAAGAGAAACAUCAGAGAACAACCAGCAGGUGAACUCUGACCCCAUGUAUGAAAACAUCUCAGCUCAGUCAGCAGAGCAGGAUGAUCAUCACUAUGGCAGACUGCACUUCACUGAGAACCACACAGCUGAUCUCUACUCCACCAUCGAGCCACUGCCUGCUCACAUCAAAGUUUAAACUGCUUUCAGCUGCUCCCAGAUCAGCGUCACCACAGAAGGAAGCUCAGCACGUUUGUUUCAGCAGAGUUUCAUUUCACCAGAUGCCCUUCCCAACACAACGCAAAAGGGAAUGUUGUGUCUCUGGCUGGAAUUAAACCAGCAACCUUUCACAUGCCAAUCAAUUGGGUUAACCACUACACCAUUGCAGGGACAGAUAUUUCACUAUUUGAUGAAAAAUAUUAACUUGUUUUAAUGUGAUGGCAGCAACACGUCACAAAAAAGUUGGGACAGAGAAACAAAAGGCUGGAAAAGUAAGUGGUACUAAAUGAAACAGCUGCAGGAACAUUCUGUGACUAAUUUGGUUAACUGGUAACAGGUCAGUAACAUGAUCGGGUACAGAAAGCACAUCUCAGAGAGGUCAGAGUUUCUCAGAAGUAAAGAUGGGCAGAGGUUCUCCAGUCUGCAGAAAACAGUGUCUCCAAAUUGUAGAACAGUUCCUGGGAAAAUGGACUUUGAAUAUCUCAUGUCACAUGUAUAUCUCUUAGGCUGCAGUCAAAUCAAAGCAUUGUCUCAGUCUCCUUUUGUCCUUUGUCACAGUGUCUUUUUCCUAGCUGUGAGUCUCUUAGCCCUGUGUUUCCAGGUUUAGUAUGUUUCCCAGUUUUAAUACUCUGUGUGUUCUAGUUUCCAGUACCCUUU